AUGGCCGACGGCGAGGGCGGCGGAGAGGCCGGCGGGAGUUCCGAGUGCCUCCCCAUGGACAACCUGGUGGAGGCGAUGCUGAGCACUAGCCAUGCGCUAGCGGAGGCGCUCGCCGCCGACCGCGCGCGCCGGGAGGCGGCCGACAGGAUCCAGCGCGAGUCCUGGGAGGCGGCCCUGAAGGAGAAGGACGCCGAGAUAGACAGGGUGCGAGCAGAAGCCGCGGAAGCCAAGAAGAAGCUGCAGCUUGUGUCCUUGGGGAAGGAAGGCCAAUGCGAGCAGGAAGAACUCAGAGAUGCUGACACGGAGGAUUCCAGAACGUGUGCAGAAACCCUCCCCAAUUCUAAGGAAGCUGAAAGUUGCACAAAUCCCAGUCAAAACACCGUGGAUCACACUGCAAGCGACUUCAGCAAAUUAAAGCAAGCUUAUGACACCCUGAGCUUUAAUAAGGACAGAGAAGUUUCUGCAUUGCUCUUAGAAAAGGAUUCUCUGCGUAGCCAGUUGAAUAUAAUGCAGCAGGACUACGCUGAGCUCCUGAAGAACAAGGAAGUGGUGGCAGCACAAGCUACUGAAUCAGCACUAAAGCUUCAGCAGAGUGUUGAUGAGCUUAAGGUGUUGGCCCAAAAGAAGGAUGAUGAGAUUGGCAGAUUGCAAGCAGAAGCUGUAGAAGCCAAAAGGAAGCACGACAAGGAUCUUUGUGCAUUAGUCUCAGAAAAGGAUUCUGUACAUCACCAGUUGACUACAAUGCAGCAGGACUACACUAAGCUCCUGAAGAACAAGAAAGUUUUGACCAACAAGAAGGAUCAUGAGAUUGUCGUAUUGCGAGCAGAAGCUGUUGGUGCCAAAAAUAAAGUACAGAAAAUGGACUUCCUCGUCAAGGAGAUAGAUGAUGAAAUCCAAAGACUCAAAGAUCGGCAUCCUGAGUCUGUUCAGAAGCACAACAAAGAUAUCAGUGAGACUCAUAAAAAAUCUAGGUCUAGUGACCGAGCUGUAACUGUAAGGGACAAACUGGAAAACAGUGGUAUUAGACAAACAGUAGAAGAAGAUUAUAUUUCUGAAACAAGAACAGUGGAAAACGAUCGGCAAGAUGAAAGAACUCAUAAGCGCAGGCGUACCUCUUCCAUAUCAAAUAUUGGAGGUGACGAGGAUGGUGACAAGCAGAGUGUAAGUGCUGAGGAUGGUAAUGAGCAGAGUAGAAAUGAUGAGGAUGGUGAUGAGCAGAGUAGAAGUGGUGAUGAUGAUGAGCAGAUUGGAAGUGACGAGGAUGGUGACAAGCAGAGUGGAAGUGAUGAGGUUGGUGAUGAGCAGAGUGGAAGUGAUGUGGAUGGUGGUGAGCAGAGUGGAAGUGGUGAGGAUGGCGAUGGUGAUGAUAAUGACAACCAGAGUGGAAGUGACGAGGAAACAACUCAUAAUCGAGUUCAAAAGCCUCUCAGGAACACCAAGAGAAAGAGAGGCGCUUACAAUAAUGAAGACAAGGGAGAUGUUAUGACAUGGCUGCGGUGCUGGAAGGCUCCAGCACCGUUGCGCUCAAGGAAGCUGGAGUUCAGCAACGGCCGGCAUACUUUCAGAGUUACCGGAGACUGGGGACAGUACGUCAAGGCCGUGAAUGACAGCUUGGUAGACCAACCUGACAAGCACAAGUGGUUUAUCUCUUUCCUGCGCAAUUUUGAGAGCUGGAGUGCUCGUGAAGUGGCCAUAACCAUGAAGGCAUUAUUAGCUGGACAACCCAAACUCAUCUGCCAGCUUAAUCAGUUCUUGCCUAACAAUCGUCAGAUCGAGCAGUUGCCUGGGUGCCGUGGCCAGGCCCGUGGCAAGGUCCCUGGUUGGGGUCAUCCUAGACGUCGAUAUCUUCCGGGACGAUCACGUGAUCAGUCUCGACCAAGAGAAACAGCGGCCGAGGGAGGAGGCGCUUUGGUCAUCUUUGGUCAUCAAUGAUCCAAGCUUGUCAAUAAGGAACAAGUAAUGUGAUGAUCACUGCCGUUUCUUGUAAAUGGAUAUUUAGGUCACGUGUAUGUGUGUGCUCUGGUCAGACUCAGCUGUGGUUGUUGAAGCGUCCAGUGUUUCUUGGGUCAGAACAUAUGUUACAUGCUGCAUGGAUGGAAACUAUUAGAACAAGGACUGAUUGAUGACAGUAGCA